AUGAAGGAAAUUCUAGAUGAAAGACUCUUCGGUAUUUUCGUGACUGACCUGGUGGCCAUAAGUGGAACUAAUUCCAACUCGAUCACAUUGCUGGACCAUGAUGGCUGUGCCACUGAACCUUCGGUGUUUCCUCUCAUUAAGCGCACUACUGAGUCUAAGGACUUGAAGGGCAAGUUUGCCGCUUUUCGCUUCGCUGAUGACUCCAUCGUGAAAUUUCAAGUGACCAUCAAGUUCUGCCUCGAGGAAUGCAAACCCGUCAAGUGCGUGGAUAACGGGAAGUUAGGCUAUGGACGGAAGAAGCGUGAAGUGACCGAUUCAUCGACUGAUGACCACUUGCCUGAACAAAUUCCAUUACAGCUGGCUAUUGUAGUAGACAGCCACGAAGCAUACCUUACGGAUAAAUCUCCUAAUGACGUAGAUGUGCACGGUCUCCCUGGGAAAGAAGAUGUUUGUUUCACUCGUGUCCACCUGAUUCUGUGUGCGAUAACGACGGUAAUUUUACAGUUCUUCACAAUCAUAAUCUGUCUAAUAUACGUCAGGUAUUUGCGAAAGCGCCAUCUCUUGAGCAAAGCAUCACCAGACUCCAUUUCAGCAUAUAUCACUUCCAAUGAGACACUCGUUCAAAAAUUACCAUGGAAUCGCAAGCCAACGAGCUAGACAGACUGCACUAACUCCAUCUAGUAAUUAACGAUUUAUAUAUAUUAUUAAAUUUAAA